GUACGCAAUCAACCAUCGCUAAUAAAGUAUAAUAAUAAGUAAUUAAGAAAAUUUAUGCGCUGAUUUAAGCUGCCGAUGAAAUGGAUACGUACUCGGUGGACGUGGUGUACCAAGCAAUCAGCGCCCUCUUCCAGGGCAACAAUCCCAAGGAGCAGGAGAAGGCCAACAAAUGGCUGCAGGACUUCCAGAAGUCGAUCUAUUCUUGGACGAUUGCGGACGAGCUGCUGCACCAGAAACGAGACCUGCACGCCAACUACUUUGCUGCGCAGACCAUGCGGAACAAGAUACAGAACUCCUUCAGCGAACUGCCCCCGCACACGCACGAAUCUCUGCGGGAUUCGCUGAUCACACACAUAGGCCAGAUCGACGAGCAGACGGACAAUGUGAUUGUGACACAGCUCAGUCUGGCGGUGGCCGAUCUGGCCCUGCUGAUGGCCAGCUGGCGGGAGCCGAUCAACGAUCUACUGGUGACACUGGCGCCGCAUCAGUGCGCCAUCUGGCCCCUUCUGGAGGUACUCAAGGUGCUGCCCGAGGAAAUAGACUCACGGUAUCUGCGGCUGGGCGCCAACCGGCGCGAGGAGGUGCACAAGCAGCUGGACGCCAGCGCAGAGUGCGUCCUAAAGUUCCUGUGCAUGUGCCUACAGCGGGAGGAUCUCGACCAGGAGCGCGUGUGGAAUGCGGCGUUGCGCACCUACAGUGCCUGGCUGGUGAUCCAUGCCUUUCCCGUCUCGCACGUGUAUAACAACGCCCUCACCCAGCUGGCCUUCCGGUUGCUCUCGCUUCCGGAGACCAGUGGAAAACUGCACGACAAUGCCACCGAGUGCGUGUGUGCGCUACUCUCCUGCAUAAACACACGACAGGAUAGCGCCAGUGAUCCGGAGUCCUCCUUCGAGGCUCAACUCUUUGGAGCUGUCUGCAUGCUGGAGACUCCCUACCACUUGAGUGUGGCGCACGAAGACACCGAUAAGACGAUCAACUACUGCAGAAUUUUCACCUCGUUGUGCGAUGCCUUCUUCUACGAUUUAUUGGCCGAUGCCCAGAAGCCACACUACAGUUUGAAAGGACUGGAUCUUGUGCUGCUUUGCGUCGGACACUUUGACUACGAGGUGGCCGAGAUCACCUUCCACCUGUGGUACAAGCUCUCCGAGGAUCUCUUCCAGCGCAACGAGGAUAAGCUGACGGUCCUCUUCCGGCCGCACAUCGAGCGGCUGAUCAGCGCCCUGUUUCGCCACUCACAGAUGGAAAGCGACCACGACGGGCUCAUCGAGGAGAACAAUAAUUUCUUUGACUUUCGACGCAAAGUCUCAGAUCUGAUAAAAGACGUGGCCUUCAUAGUGGGAUCCGGAGCGUGCUUCAAGCAAAUGUUUCAUAUCCUGCAAGCACCAGAAACUACGUGGGAGUCCACAGAGGCAGCACUGUUCAUUAUGCAGAACGUGGCCAAAAAUAUACUUCCAGAUGAGAACGAGGUGAUCCCCAAGGUGGUGGAGGCGAUUCUCAAUAUGUCGGAGCAAACGCACAUAGCAGUUAGGUACACUGCGAUUCUACUGAUCGGGGAACUGUGCGACUGGAUUGAGAACCAUGCUGAAUCCCUGGAGGCAGUCCUCAACUUUUUGCUGUACGCCCUGCAGCAGAAGAAUGGCUUGGCGCCAGCUGCCGCCAUCGCAUUGACUUCCAUUUGCUCCGCCUGCCGACAGAAGAUGGUGUGCCACAUCAGCGGUCUUGUGGAGAUCGCCCGCAGUCUGGAUAGCUUUCAAAUAAACAACGAUGUGGCAAUAGGAUUGCUAAAGGGCAUAUCGCUUAUACUGACACGCCUGCCACGCGAGCAACUGCAGCCUGCUCUGCGGGAAAUCGUCGGCUUCCAGCUGCAACCACUGGCCCAACUGGUGGACAGCACUGGCGGUACUGCUCAAAAAGGUGAGCGCACCGAUCCCGUUUAUUGGAUAGAUCGCGCCUGCGCCAUUAUCCGGCACACGAAUCCCGACGUUCCCGACAACGUAGAGCACCCCACUGUAGCUAUUCUGAACGACGCCUGGCAGCUGAUAUCGCGGGUGAUGGAUAAGUACCAGAGUGACCUGCGUAUCAUGGAGCGUACCUGCCGACUGAUUCGCUACGGCAUUCGGAUGGUGAGAAAGCAAGCAAUGAUGCUGGUGGAACCGCUGAUCAAACAAAUGGUCGUGCUGUAUUCUGUGCAGCACCACAGUUGCUUCCUCUACGUGGGAUCCAUCCUGGUGGACGAGUUUGCAAAGUCCAGCGAGUGCAUUGACGGACUGUUGGAGAUGCUUCAGGCAUUUAUAGAGCCCACCUUUGGCCUGCUGCAGAUGGAGAACGGCCUGAAAAAUAACCCAGACACAGUGGAUGACUUCUUCCGUUUGGCAUCGCGUUACCUAGACUGUUGUCCCCACCAGCUGCUCCAGAGCAGUCUCAUCACGCCGAUCUUCCAGUGUGCGCUAAUAGCCUGCUCCUUGGACCACCGCGAGGCCAACUCGUCUGUGAUGAAGUUCUUUAUCAACCUAUUGGUUUGGGGAAGAUCGAAUAACCACAGCCGGAACGCCGAGUGCCGUCCCUUGGUGGUGGAGCUGGCGAGCCAGCAUGGCGGUGCUCUGGUGAUGAACCUGAUUCAGGCGUCCGUCUUUCAACUGCACUCCUACAUGCUGGUGGAUGUGGCCGAGGUGCUCCACGAACUGAAGCAAGUGGUGGGCAACGAGCGGAUGCAGCCCUUCCUGGCCCAGGCGCUGGAUGCACUGCCCAAAAAGAACAGCGGUGGCUACGUGACAGCCACGCAGCAACAGCUGGACGAAUUCAGCAGCACAGUUCUGAGAGCGGACACAACGAAAGCCAUUUCGCAAGCCUUGAAAACCUUCACGCGACUGUUUCGCUAAUCAGAGAGAUGAACGAGUUUGGAUUCUGAUGAUUCUGUACAUUUUGAAUGAUGUAUGUAAUGUGGCAAGGGUGCUAGGAAUUUGUUAAAAACGCACGUACCCCUCUAUUUAUAAUAUAGUUGAAUCGAUUGUUUGACGUCAUAAGUUAUAUAUAAUUUCAUUUGUACAUUUUGAGUGCGGUCAAGAGAUCCUCAAAGAAUUUAGCAGUAAGUUAUUUACAUCAGCGUGCACUCCUAGCUCUAAGUUUGAACCCUAAAAUGACUCACCAACAAGCAUAGGCAUAAGGCAAACCAUUAAAUAUAUACCAUUUAGAUUUAAUUGACCACAUUUGUUCUGCAAAA